AUUUGGUACGACUUAUGGCUGCCUUGCAUUUUUCUAUAAAGUCUCGAACCACCUGCCCGCUUCUUUAAGAAAUAUUUUAUUGAGGGGUAAAAAGUUGAGUAUUAACAUAUAGUAGUUUAUAGACUUCCAAGGUUACUUUACUCUAAUUACAACAUUAACACUUGCUAUUGCAACAUCUCUUCACCUCUUCUCUUCUUACAUAUCCACCAAUACAACCUAACUAAAAUCACCGACCAUGGCACCCUUCGCUAAGCUCUACUCUUACCCCGGCAACUACCGUGUCACACGGGCUCAAGUCGUAGCCGCCAUCAAUGGCCUCGUCGUGCCCCUCGUCGAGGGCUUCAAGAUGGGCGUCGACAACAAGACGCCCGAGUUCCUCGCCAAGUUCCCCAUGGGCAAGGUGCCGGCCCUCGAGUGCGCCGACGGCUUCAACCUCGCCGAAGGCGCCGCCAUCUGCAAGUACCUCGCGAACUCUGGCCCCAAGGCGCAGCAGCUGCUCGGCAGCGACGCCAAGACGCAGGCCGUCAUCGACUCGUGGAUCUACUUCUCCGAGAGCGAGCUGAACAACAACAUCUCGCCGCCGGCCGGCAUGACCGUCUUCAAGAUCGUCCCCUUCGACGAGGCGCGCUACAACUUCUUCGUCGGCGGCGUCGAGCGCGCCCUGCAGCGCCUCGAGGUCGCGCUCAAGGGCGGCAAGAAGUACCUCGUUGGCGACAACCUCACGCUCGCCGAUGUCAUCAUCGCGGGCCCGAUAUCCUUCUCCACUGGCUUCCUCAUCGAUGCCGAGAUGCGCAAGGGCAUCCCCAACGUUGUUGCGUGGAUUCAGAACCUGACCUCGCUCCCCGAGUUCAAGGCGCUCGGCGAGCUGAAGCUCUGCGAGACUCGUGUCAAGGCGUAAAAAAAAAAAAAGAGAGAUGGAAAAAAAAUUUCCUCGGGCGGAGUUGGUCAGCGGAAGAGAAACAGGUGGGCCCUUUUACCGAAGCGAAAAGUCCGAAGGCCGAAUCCAAUACACUUUACAAUGCUUGAGUUGUAAGGUAUUUAUUUAUACGGCCUGGUGGUGAAUUGAUGAGCCACGUUACUGUAAUCCAACGA